AUGUAUUUCGGGGGAGGAGUUAGUUCAGCGAUGUUGCUUGGCGAUGAUUCCUUUACCAAGGAGUUUUUGGUGCACGUCUCUAUUCAAGACAAAGCUCCACAGCGGUUGCAGCUGAAGGUGCGAAAUCCCCUUUCCGCCGAAGACAUGUUGCGGCAGAUUGGGCGACAGUUGGUGGACCCGACGACCUCUUGUUCGGAGAAGGUGACGCUUAGACGUGUCUUGCCGGACUUGCACUUGUUUGCGUUUAGUGCGGAGGAGAAUUGUUUUGUUCCUGUGGAUGGCAAACCGGCCGCGGUGCUCGGAAACUUUGUCCAUCUACUUGUGCACCCACUUAGUGUUUUGCCGCCGCUGGGGCCUGCUGCCGUGGCGCCUUCGAGGAAUUCCCGCAAUGGCGGUACGCGUUGCGUCAGUACCCCACUGAACGUCGAUGCCUCCCAAACGAAGAAGAGCCCGCUGCAGCAUGUUCAUUUUCGGGUGAGGGAGUCGCUAUCCGCUGGGAAGAAGCAGUGCGGAGCACACGGGCAAAACGGUUGUUCGGCGCUACAGCCAGCAGAAGACUUGCUCACGCAACCGCGUGACGAGCGUGACGGGUUGGAUGAGGCCCAGAAGCGGAGGAAAUUGUCCGUCACGCUCGAGGUGAUGCUGAAGGUGAUGGGACACAUUCUGAGUGAGUACAGCUCUCGUGCGUCGGAUGAUGUGAUCGAGCCAACAGAGAAGAAUCUCUGGAAUCUUAUCGAGGACGCAUCCUGCCGCAGUGGUGGAGUUCCCACCCCGUCGCUGGAUUCAGUGGCGGUUGACGCAUUUGUGGAGACCGUUAUAAGUAGCAUACAUAGAGGGCGACUGCAUCGAACCUUUGGCUCCUCAACACAUUCAAGGCCCUCUACAAAAAAUAUGUAG